CGGGAAUCGAACUCUUCCAACUCUUCAACGCCUCAACCGCAUUAUUUUCAACUUCGGAAAGCCCCCUCUUCCAUCUGAUCAAGCUGAAGAUAUUCACUCAACAUCUGAAUAAGACCUUUUAAUUAGGGUACAAAGAUGCAGGACUUAUCCUUAGCAGCCAUCUUAUUACUAUCAAUGGUAUAUAUUACAUCAUGUAACCCACGAAUUUCUGAAAACCCUGAAAAGACAGAAGGAAACCUUUCUAAUGCUGAUACGGAACCUGUUAUUCCAGACCAAAUGGAUUCUACUGAACUCCGACUAAGUGAUGACCCACCAGCACUACCGAAAUAUGGUUUCUUACCAGGCAAGCGAGGAUGGAACAACUUGUCCAACAUGUGGGGCAAGCGGGGAUGGAACAACCUGUCCAAUAUGUGGGGAAAGCGAGAAAAUAGCGAUCUUCCUCCUUACUGGGAUAAACGAGGAUGGAACAACCUUUCAAAUGUCUGGGGGAAAAGAGACUGGAAUAAAUUAUCUAAUGUCUGGGGAAAACGAGAUUGGAAUAAAUUGUCUAAUGUCUGGGGGAAAAGAGACUGGAACAAGCUCUCAAAUAUGUGGGGAAAACGAGGAUGGAACAACUUGUCGAAUGUCUGGGGGAAGAGAAGCGACAAUCGAGAUGAUGGCAAAAGAACAACCCAAUGGAACAACCUGAAGAGCGUGUGGGGGAAGCGAGAUGCAGAAUGGGAAGCACCAACAAUGUGGGAAAGUCUCCCAUCAACAGAUGAUUCCUAUCCAGCAGUUUAUGUCCCAGACCAGAUGUAAAGUACCACACCUGGAAUAAGAUUGUCGUCCCUUUGUUUAAUACAUAAAAAUUAUACAUGGCGUGAAUCACUAAAUUAGGUUUUCCAUUUGUCUUCUGAGGACAUUUGUUUUCCAGUGUUUUAAUGAUACUCAUAACUUAUUUAUUGAUGUAAUUAUGCAUUAGAAUUCUCAAAGUUUUGUUAUUACUGCAGAGUGGUUUUACGUACUGUUUAACGUAGUAGCUAUGCUGCAUUUCAUUUGAAUAGCAAUAAUCUAUACGUAUUUUUAUCUCUUGUGUUCUAAUACACUUCAUUUAUUCAUAAAUAACAGACAUGAUCAUCAUAUUUAUGUUAGAUUAAUCCAAGAAAUGGAACGAUUCUGUUCGAAAUCACUUUUUUAAAGUUACAUUCAACUAAUUUUAUCAUUUAAAAAAAAAAACUUGCUUUGGUUUUCAAUAUUUUUUUCUUUUUUACUUUCGUUUUAAUUUGAAAAACUAUACAUUUUCCCAUUUAAUACACGACUUCAAACGUUUAUUUUUCCAUAUCUUAAGAAUUACAAUGAUACUACAUUUUAGAAGUUUAUCUGAUUUAGAAAAAAAUUGAAAGGAUAUAAAUAGGUAUCGAUGAGAAAUAAAACUUAAGGAAAUGAGAUUAUAUUACGUUGUAGUGUCUUUCACGCAGGAAAGAAAUUUAGUACUUCUUUGCCAACGAUGUAAAUAUUUUCAGUGGUAAAAAUGUGAAAAGAUUCUUGGAAUCCAUUUGCUUGUUAAAAUACAAAUCACCAAAUUUGAUUUUUAAAAAAAGGGGGUUGUUGUAAAAUAUAGUUGUUUAAACUAUUGCUAAUUAUUCCCAAUUAUAAAAAGCAAUUGACAUAUUUCAAUAAAAUUGGAAGGACUUCAAUUCGAUUCUUGAUUUCCGUCUCUUCAUAACUCACAGUACAAAUUACUUUUAUAAAAUUUCUCACACAAUUAUUUUCAGAUACCCACUUUAAUACUUCAAUUUCAUGUAUUUAAUGAGUCAUUUAAGCGAUUUUUGAAUUUAAUUCGAAACUGAUAAGCUUUAUUGUGUGGAUGAAGCCGAUGAUGGACUUAAUUUAAUUUUUACGUAAUGUUUUCAAAAAGGAAAAAUAAAUUUAUGUUUUUAAUAUUUUUACUGGCGUACAAAUUAUUAAAAUCAAAACCUCGGUGCAGUUUUUUUACGAGACCAUUUUCUAAAGUUUUAUUGUAAAAACUAAAAACAUAUUCGAAUUUUAUAAAACUUGUGUUCUUUUUAAAACUUGUUAUUUUAAAAUCAUGAUGCCAAACAAAUUUGUGAAAUUAAAUUGUAGUUCAAUAUUAUAUAGAUGUUUUUCUUUUACGGAAAUUUUUAUUUUAGAGCGUUUUAUUAAUGUUGACAUUUGUAUGUGUAAUUUAUUUUCAGUUGUUUUUAAUGUGUUUAUUGAAAAGUGUAUAAGAGUAAAAAAUAAAAUUAUUUAAAUGUGAUGCACCAAUGAAUAUUGCGUGUUAUUUUGAAAUAAAAUAUUUCAACAACA